UCGAGUGAACUGACAGGCAUUCCUUGACAUAACUGGGCUUGCCUCAAACCUUUCUUCAUUUGACCCGAACACUCGACUAAUUUAGGAACUUUACAGGCCCAAAGCAAGUUCGCUGCACAAAGCAUAUUUAACAAAAAAAAUCGUAACCGCAGAAGACAGGGUUUUCAAGAGUUUGGGACGAUUCAUUUUCGGCGCAUGCAGGGGGGUUGGGGGGGGGGGGCGUUACAGCUGCACAAGGAGCUGCCGGGACCAGCACCACCAGCACCGCCAGCGCCGCCAGCACGCCGGACGCCAGCUCCGCGGCCACGCGAUGAAAGAGUGAAACGCGGACGCUCGUCACAACAAGUUUUCCGUCAGGCACCAGUAGCCAUGACGUUGGCCACGCCCCCCUCUUCACAAGACUCCUCCCCUCAGAUGGUAAGCCACUCCCACACCAUGCCGCUGCUGAGCCCGGCGGCGAAGGUCGCGGGCGAAGGCCAGCGCAGGCGGCGUGUCCUCUCCAAAGACGGGCGCAGCAACGUGCUCAUCGAGCACGUGAGCGGGCGCCGGGCGCUCUACCUGCGUGACCUCUGGACGACCUUUCUGGACAUGCAGUGGCGCUACAAGUUCUUCUUGUUCUGCGCCACCUUCGCCGGCACCUGGUUCCUGUUCGGCGUGUUGUGGUACCUGGUGGCCGCCAUGCACGGCGACUUGGCAGACCUGGCCUCGCCCGCCAACCACACGCCGUGCGUCACCGAGGUCCGGACGCUGACGGGAGCCUUCCUCUUCUCGCUGGAGUCGCAGACCACCAUCGGCUACGGCUUCCGCGUCAUCACGGAGGAGUGUCCCGCCGCCAUCGUGCUCCUCAUCUUCCAGCUGGUCGUCACCAUGGUGAUGGAGAUCUUCAUCACUGGCACCUUCCUCGCCAAGGUGGCACGGCCCAAGAAGCGAGGCGAGACGGUCAAGUUCAGCCGGCACGCCGUUGUGGCCGCGCACGACGGCCGGCCGUGUCUCAUGGUCCGCGUCGCCAACAUGCGCAAGAGCCUGCUGCUGGGCUGUCAGGUCACGGGGAAGCUGCUGCAGACGUCACUCGGCGAGGAGGGCGAGGCGGUGCGUCUGGACCAGCGGAACGUUUCCUUCCAGGUGGACACGUCCAGCGACAGCCCCUUCCUCAUCAUCCCGUUGACCUUCUACCACGUCAUCGACGACAGCAGCCCCCUGCGAGCCUGGGCCGCCAAAGGUGGCGGCUGGGCAGCGGACUUCGAGUUGUUGGUCAUCCUGAGCGCCACGGUGGAGCCGACGUCGGCCACCUGCCAGGUGCGCACGUCGUAUCUCCCUGACGAGAUCCUCUGGGGCUACGAAUUCCCCCCCGUCAUGUCGCUGUCCACCUCGGGGGGCUACGUGGCCGACUUCGCCUUCUUCGACAAGGUCGCUAAAGCCAAAACGCAGCCGCCGCGGUCCGCCAAGGAAGGGACGGACACAGAGAAGACGCGAGCGAAAGAGCACGUUCGUGGUCGAGGGGGGCGGGGCCGAGACAGCGGUGCGCUGAACGUGCGCAUUAGUAACGUUUGACAGGGAGCGGCUUCAUGGUUUCUUGUCUAUGGCAGACUCUCACAUGACGUGACAUUUUAAUAACACACUAACACGCCACUAAAGUCACUUUCGGAACUGUGUUUUAUCAUUUUAAUUUCAUUUUUUUUGAGUUUUGAACAUUAACAUUUCAUAUUGUGUUCAUGUCCUCAACAGAUUAAAGUCAAAAUAUCCAUUUUGGAGUUCAA